AUGCUUGAUAAUGAAGUUCUUGAUGCUCAGAUGAACUAUCAGGACCCUUUGUUUCUAUCACAUUCUGAUAAUCAUGCUGCUUCUUUAACGCCAAUGUUGUUUGAUGGAAGUAAUUUUAUGAUAUGGAGUAGGAAUGUGAAGCUAGCCUUAGGAGCUAAGAACAAGAAGGGAUUCAUUGAAGGAAAGGUUCCAAAGCCUGUAGUUGGUCACAAAGACUAUAACAGAUGGGAGAGAAAUGAUUAUAUGGUGAGGUGUUGGAUCUUCAGAUCCAUGACAAACCAAGUUGCUGGAGGAUUAAGCCUUGUACAAACCUCCAAGCCACUGUGGGAUGAGCUUGUUGAGAGAUACUCUGAGAGUAACAUACCUCUCUUGUAUCAACUUAAGAAGGAUUUAGGGAAGCUUGAACAAGGUGAGAUGUCUGUGGGAGACUACUAUUGCAAGCUGAAAAAAUUCUGGGAUGAAAUAUACAACAUUGAAGCUGUACCAGAAUGUAGAUGUGGUAUAGUGGCUAAGUGUACAUGCAGUAUGUACAAGAAGAUGUUGGGAAUGAUCGAGACAAAUAGGGUGAUACAGUUUCUAAUGGGAUUGUACAGAGGAUAUCAGAAUCAAACAAAAAAGCAGAAAAGGGUCAGUAGUGAAAUGCAAGAACUGACUGAAUCAUCAGCUUUCCACGUUCAUAAAGAAAUCAAAGGAUUUGAAACUGGAAAGAAAACAGAAGGUGUAAACCAAAGAAGGAAAAUCAAAAAGUCAAAAUCUGAUGUGACUUGUGAUUUCUGUAAGAAGAAAGGUCAUGAUAGAUCAGGCUGUUUUGAGAUCUAUGGCUAUCCUAAGUGGUAUAAAGGAAAGAGACAUGCUGCUAAUGUGGGCAAGGUGGAAGAAGAAAUUGAUUCUCCUCUAGAUGAGGAAGAAUAUGAGGCAUGA